AUAAAUAUAGAAAUCGCGAAGCGGAAAAUAUUUAACGGCGAGACUUUUAUUUUGACGACUUCCGCUUUCACCUGGAAGUACAACAGUAAACGUUUUGUAGGCUACCUUGUGUUGCGAAGAUUCAGAAGAAACCUUCGUGAUUUAGUUGCCCAAAUCUUUAUCGGGGAUUUCAAAAGACUGACUAGUCGCUCAGCUGACAUGCUCCCGUUAUCUUUACUGAAGACCGCACAGAACCACCCGAUGCUGGUGGAGUUAAAGAACGGCGAGACGUACAACGGCCAUCUGGUCAGCUGUGACAACUGGAUGAACAUCAACUUGAGAGAAGUUAUUUGCACGUCACGUGAUGGAGAUAAAUUUUGGAGGAUGCCGGAAUGCUACAUCAGAGGAAGCACGAUUAAAUACUUGCGAAUCCCCGACGAGAUCAUAGAUAUGGUGAAAGAGGAAGUUAUGUCAAAGGGACGCGGCCGAGGGGGCAUGCAGCAGAACAAGCCACAGGGAAAAGGCAGAGGAGGCGGACCUGGGAGAGGUGGUGGAUCCGGCAGAGGUGUUUUUGGUGGACGUGGCAGAGGCAUGACGGGAACUGGUCGUGGACAGCAACAAGAUAAAAAGCUUGGAAAACCACAAGUUUGAUCGUCAGCCAGGAAACGGUGAGCUUAAUUUGAAACGGGAGUCCUGAAUUUCUGUGAAGAUUUUAAUUUGGACAAGCUGACGUAAAGACGCUCUUCCAUUUUCCUCCGGAUGGUUUUUAUUUUCUGUUGUUUCACAUUUUGGUGCAUGUUUUCACAUUGCCGUUUUAAUUUUAUUUUUUGUUUGUUUUUGUGCUUUAAAAACAACCAUGGUGUAACUUGUGUAUAAUGCACUUGUGAAUAAAUAAUUUUUGUUAAAUAUU